AUGCGCCUAGGUUCUUAUCCUAGAGAGAACCAAGAGAUUGAUGACGACUCAGACGAAGAAGUGACUGGCUUUGAGCAAGCUGGAUUGAACGCUGUGGGCACCCGGAGUUCGCAAGAUCCUAUCCGAAAACGACGUCGAGAGCAAGGAAUUGCGUCCACAAGGAACCUACAGACUGGCAGAUAUGAGCAACCUAUGGUGACGGACCUUGAGAAUGAAGAAGUUAUGAUGGAAGGUGGUCCGAGUCAGUCCUUAUAUAUGACGCAAAUUGAGAACACGCCUACUAGUAGCUAG